AUGCUCAAGAGGACGUUGGCACGGCCUCUUUUGGGGCCCUCCAACAGGCCAACCGCGGCUUCGAAGACGACCCAGAGCAAUGUCCUUGAAGCAGCCGCUUCGUCCGAGCCAAACCCAUUGGCGGAUGCACCACGUUCAUACGGCAAGAAGAUCGAGGAGUUCAAGCCCAAGGUCUUGGCCCGGCCCAUUGGCCUGAACCACCCGCCCAGACCGGGUGAGAACACAGGCGUCGAUCUCCGUUCUCUCAAGCAGCGGAGGGACGACUUUGUCGACUAUGACGCGCAUCUGAAGAGGCGCGAACAAUUAAAGUCGCAGAUGGCCCGUCCGUACUUCCGCGACUGGACCAACCUGGCCCUCCAUAAGGGCAAGACCUUCCUCGCCCCUCCGCGACUCUUCAAGCACGACAAGUCCCUCUACUUCCCGAACCUGUUUGGUCAUACGCUCCUCAAGGACACGAGCCUGGCGCGGGACACGACGCCCGUGCUCGCAGGCAAAGCCACCGUGGUCGCCAUAUACAGCUCCUUAUGGGCUCGCAGGCAGGCCGAUUCCUUCAUGGGGAAAAAGGAGAAUCCUGCGCUGCAUGAGAUUCUCGACAAGAACAAGGGAAAGGCUCAGCUGGUCCAGAUCAACGUUGAGGAUACCUCGUACCUGAAGUACUGGGUUGUUCGCCUGCUCGCUGGAUCUCUACGGAAAGAAGUUGGCAAGGAUAACUGGGACAGGUACUUCCUCGUCAGGAAAGGCAUCUCAGAUGAGAUCAGGGAGUCGAUCGGCUAUCUGAACAGCAAGGUCGGGUACACGUACCUGGUGGAUGGGGACUGGAGAAUCCGUUGGGCGGGAAGUGGACCUGCUGAGCCCGAUGAGAGAGAGUCCUUAACAAAAGGUCUUGAGAGGCUUCUGGAUGAGGCGGAUAAGGGAGUCUGGUCUGGAUCAAGGCCCGCAGAGAAGACAGCGGAGAAGACCGCAACAGCAGAGGCGAGCGGAAAGAGUACAAGCAGGUGGACAUGA